AAAAAUCAAUAUCCAUUAGAAUAGGAAUCAAUAAAUCAAUCUAUAUCUAUAUACUUACUAUUAAGAAGAACAAUAAAUAAAUAUUUUUACUUUCAUCGUAGAUAGAUGUGGAAUAAGAAUUAGAAUUAAAAAAAGGGGAUGAUGGGCAUGAAUUAGUAUUAAUAGCAGUAAUAUUAUCAAGACCCUUAUUAGGAUCCAUACGAGGAAGAAUGGAUUAGAUACGAUGAAGAAUUAGAAGAAGAUUACGAACCAAAUGAAGAAGAGGUACUUAAUUAUGCGCAGUAUUUAGGAAUGGAUUUAGAUAAGGAUAAGAAAUAUUUUUAUAUUGCCAGAGAAGGGCUAAAAGCUCCUCUCCCAGAAUAAUGGCAUGUGUAUUAGCAUAAAUAUGAUGAUUAAAGAUUUUAUUUGAAUUCUGUUACAGGCGAAAAGCAAUUAGAGCAUCCAUGUGAUUAGUUUUAUAAAAAAAAAUUUGAAGAGAUGAAGAUGAAAGAUUAAUAAAAGCAAGUUAUGUAUAAAAAUUAAGAUAUUCAAGAUAUGAAUGAAGGUUUUGUUGGAGAUUCUAGGGUUUUAGAUUCAUCUAUGAAUCAGUCCUUCAAUUAAAAUUUCUUAUUAAAUCCAGAUUACCAAGAUGUAGAUGAACAAACUCAAAUGAAGCUUACUGUUGAGAGAGAGAUACAAUAAGAAUAUCAAGAUUAUGAAGGAUAGUUAUUACAGCAAUACAAGCAAAAGAAUAUUGAUUUUGAGAAUAUAAGGAAAAAAGAAGGCAAAGAGAUAGAUAAAUAAAUUGAAAAAGAUUUAAAGGAAAUUAAAAAAUAAGUGAAAUAAGCAGAAGAUGAUUAAUUAAAGAGACUAAACGCUGAAAAAAAGCAAACAAAAAAGAAUUUAGAGAGUUAAAUGCAGGAAGAAUUGAAAUCUUAAUUAAAAGGAUUAGAAGAGUAAAACGAUUAAAAUAAGAAGAAAGUUAACUAAGAUGAAAACGAUUGGGUUGAGAAAUAAGGUAAAAAAUACUAAAAUGAGCUUUAAGAAGAAUUUGAAAUCAAAAAUAGAGCUCUUGAUAGAAAACGCAAUGAAAGAUCUGAUGCUUAAAAAAAGCAUGAUGAAAAGUUUAAAGAAGCUAAAUAAAGAGUUAGCAUUUAACUUAAUGAUUUCAAAUCAAAGAUAAUUAAAGAGUAAACUGACCAUCUGAAUUAACUUGAAAAUGAGCAAUUUGAUAAUAAAAGGGAUACUUAAGAAUCUUUCUAAUCUCAGUUGGAUUCAGAGUAUUUACAAAAAAAAUCUUCAAAUGAAGAAAUCAUCAAUAAAAUGAGAAAUGAGCUUAAAAAUUUAAAAAAUAAAAUUCAAAAAGAUUAUGAAGACAAAUAUACAACUUAAAAAACUGAAAUUGCAAAGUAGAAUGAAAUCAGAUUGUAAAAGCUCAAAAAUGAAAACGAUUUUGGCAAGAUUGAUAACAACUUAAAUAAAAUAUUUGAGUUAGAAAGAUAAAAAUAGCUAUCAUAAUUACAAACAUACAUUUCUUCUGAUAAAAAUGAAUUAGAACUCAAAGAGUAAAAGAUGUAAUUCAACUUAAACAGAGAAAUUAAGGAAAAAUAUGACCAUUUGAAAGAAACUCUUUAACAAGAUGGUUUAUAAAAAAUAAAGAAGAUAAAAGAAGAACUUAAAUUAAAUGUUGAUAUAGAUGAUAAAGAUUUUGAUCUUAUUUGCUAAAAAUAAGAGCUUUAAAAUAAAAUUGAACACCUUAAGAAUGAUUUAGAUAAGUUAAAGUAAGAAAAAGAUAAACAAUUUAUUUCAUUGAAUUAGCUUUAAGACACUUAAAAAGACCUUGUAAGUGAGUAUUCUGAUACUUUGUAAAGAAAUAAGCUGCUUUUAUUAUCUAAUGAUUUGACUGAUUUAGAUAAGAAAGUUGAAAAGCUAAUAUAAAGUCUAUACGAAAAAGAAUAACUUGCUAAAAAACUUGAAGAAUAGUAAUUUGAUAAAAAGUAGAGCUUACACUAAAAAAGAAAAGACAACAUUAAAUUUUAAAAAGACAUUAUUCUCCUAAAAGAGUAGCAAAAGCUUUAAAAGGUUGAGAAUAUAAAUUCUUAAAUAAAAUACGAAGAACUGCUUUCUUAAAUAGGAAAUUUAAAGCAAACAAUUAAUGAAAAGUUAGAGUAACAAUAAAGUAUUUUAUAAGUAGAUGAGAGUAAAAUAGUUAAAUAAGCAAAUGCUUAAGAUAUUACAGAAAAGCCAAAUAAAUCUAACAUUAUUUAAAAUGAGUCUAAUAAAUCCAAUAAUAACAAUAUCAGCUAAAAACCUAAGAAUUAAAUUAAAAGAAGACCUUCUUCCAGUUCAAACGAAGCAAAUUAAAAGAAAAGAGCAUGGUUCAAUAGAUUAAUAUAAGAAAGAAAUAUUUUGACUUAAAUGAAAACUAAAUUAAAAAAUAAAAAGAUUUUCAUUUAAUAAACAUAAGAUUUGAUAGAUAAUGAGUAAUAAAAGUUAAAUGAAGAAUUAAAUAAGCAAGAAAAUAUAAUCAACUAAUCUUAAAUUAAGAAAAGCAUUUUUAAAAAUUUAUAAUAAAACAUGCUUUAGCACACUGAGAAGUUAAACUAAGAAGUGAAUUUAUAUAGAUAAUUGGAAAUAAAUUAUUAGAUUAAAGAUAAACAGCUUUAAUAAAUGGAAUAACUUUAUGAUGAAAUACUCUAAGAUGGUACUAGAUAAUUUAAUGAAGAGACUUUUGUCUAACUUUACAAAGUUUAUUAAAGUUUAGACACAGGUUAACAAGAGGAUAAAUUAGAUUAAAGUGUAAUAAAUAACAAUGAUAUUUAAGGCGAAAAUUAAAUCCAUGGUUAAAUUAACACUAACUAGAGUGACUUUAACUGGAAAAUGCUAAUAAAUUACCCAAACUCAACAAUUAUUUAAAAUAAUCAAAACUAAAUUAAUGAAUAAGAUGAAUUAGUCAUGGACAGGACAACAAUUUCUAUAAACAAUUAAAAUAACAACACUUAAAUGAAUCAAAAUUUUUAGAAUAUAAGCAACAUAAAUACAAAUUCAUAAAAUUUCGAUCUUAAAUCUGCUCUUGUCACUCUUAAAAACAGAUACUCAUAAACUCCUUAAUUUUCAAAUAAUUUGACUGACAUGCAGAAUAGAUCAACCAUGCCAUUCGAAAGUAGGCUUAUGUCUUAAAUAAAGAAAAAAAAUACCGAAGGUUACAAUUCAAGCUUUAUCCAAAUUAACAACUGGAUGCAAAAUAUGAAAGACACACUUAACUCAUAAAUUUUAGAUGGCCCAUUUGCUUCUCACAAAUUAAAAACAAUUAUUUGA